GCCCGGAUGUACUGUAAUGGAGGCCCUCCCUCACGCCGUAGUCUUUCUUGCACUAGUGGGUCUUCUUUGCUUCGCUAACCCCUCCUUGCGGGUGUACCCUUGCUGCAGUAAAACCCAAAGAAACAAGCAGCAAAUAGGUUUUUCCGUAGUAUCUUAUUCAAACAGAAAUAUAGUAUUUAACUAUCCUUCUUUGCUUGAAGAAGAAAAGGUUAACAUUUAUUUUUGCAGUCAUUGAUUUCUGCCAGUUUUGAAGCGGAAUUCUGUCGCACAGGCAACAAAAUGGGAAAUGAAGCAAGUUAUCCCCUGGAGAUGUGCUCACACUUCGAUGCGGAUGAAAUUAAGAGGCUUGGUAAGAGAUUUAAGAAACUCGACCUAGAUAACUCUGGAUCCCUGAGCGUUGAGGAGUUUAUGUCUUUGCCUGAGCUGCAGCAGAAUCCACUGGUGCAGAGAGUUAUCGAUAUAUUUGACACAGAUGGCAACGGAGAGGUGGAUUUUAAAGAGUUUAUAGAGGGUGUCUCACAGUUCAGUGUAAAGGGAGAUAAGGAACAGAAGCUCCGAUUCGCAUUUAGGAUCUAUGAUAUGGACAAGGACGGCUACAUUUCCAAUGGGGAGCUGUUCCAAGUGUUAAAGAUGAUGGUGGGGAACAACUUGAAAGACACACAGCUGCAACAGAUUGUAGACAAGACAAUCAUCAAUGCUGACAAGGAUGGUGAUGGAAGAAUAUCUUUUGAAGAGUUCUGUGCUGUUGUUGGUGGGCUUGACAUACACAAAAAGAUGGUGGUGGAUGUGUGAGUAUCUAGCCAGCCCCCACCACAUACAACACAUGCUUUCCUUUCCAUCUCUGAUGAUCUCCUCAAGAUAUCCAGCAAAUGCUCUCAAUAUUUCAACAGAAGUAUUUACUCUGUGAAGCUACUUUUUUGCUAACACGAGCCUGAUGAAUUGAACGUAUGUGUUAUUGAACUCUGAUCCUGUCAAUAACCUGGUGUAGCACUUUACUGACUGAAGAACAGCUAAGAGCAUCUGUAUCCAGAGAAGUGGAAUGGGUUGGCUUGUUCAUAUGUUUGUUUUGUAGCGAUUAUUUUAACAAAUAUUUAUUGUUAUUUUGUUUAAAUGAGUAUGUAUAUGGUUUUCUGAGAAUGAGGAUUCAAAGGUGGGAAAUAUUUAAAAUCUCAAUACAGUACUGAAGUAGGAUAUGAUGUGCCAAGCAGAACAUUAGAACUGAGAAAUCAGAAAUACUGCCUAGCAUAUUUAUUUGGUUGGAUUGUGUACGGUUUUAUUUUCAAGCAGACAUAUUUUUUUCUUUUUUUUCCAUUUUGUGAUACAAGAUUCUUCUAUCAUUCUUGCAUUUAAUCAUGUUUCAUAAUACCAUUUUUGUAUUAACUGUGAAAAAAAAUGUUUAUUUAUAUAUGUUUAUAUUAUUGGAGGGUAACUCACUAGAAAUAGAUGCCAAGAAAAUAAUUGUAUUUAUAGGUUUACUUAAAUGUAUCUGCUUCUGCAAGGAAAUUCCCUAUGAAAAUCAACAUUUUCUUUUAAAUACGUUUCAGUUUCUCUAUGGGCAGUGGGCAUAUUAUGAAGCACUGAAAGGAUCUACUGAAUCAAAUUUGAUGUUUAAAUACAAGCAGCAUUAUUGUCAUUUUAAAAAGAAUCUAUAUGUAUUAUGCGAUCUCAGGAUUACAUCAUCAAACACCACACACUAAAAUUUGAUCUCAGCAUGCCAUCUGGAUAUACCAUGUACUGUAGUUUAAACCUCACACCCAAAUAGAGUGCUUAUUAAUGUCACUAUUAUGGUUUUGUCAUUAAAAGAGUAAGGUUUGGCUGGAAAUGGGGUUUGCCUCUUUACCCAUCCUAUGCACCUAUACCUUUUCUUAGGCUGCAACACUCGUGUCUUGGAACCCUAGAAGCUUCUUCAGUGCUUGCAUGCACAUCGUAUCUGCAUGCUUAACAAUUUUCAGAACUCCUACUGUUUAGUUAGGUUGUGAUAUAUGAAAUAUCUGCACACCAUGGAUGUCACCAAAUUUUAGAAAAGAUAUUUUAGAAAAUUUAUAUAUAAUUUUAUUAGAAUAGUGGAGUCACAGUGACCAGACUUACAGCUUAAUCAGGCAAUUAAAAUAUUUGUUUUUGUUUGUUUUCAUUUAAAGAAAUGGCUUAUCCUUUAGGUCAAAUUAAUUUCAAUUCAUCUUAGAUAUAUAUCUCUAUCUCCAAACUUUCAUUUUAGGUUAGGGGAGGUCAACUCUGCAUGUUGCAUCAUAUUACCUACUGUGGGAAUACAUGGACUUGAUACUGUAUAAACAUAAAUAAAUCAUUAAAAUAUAA